UUUCAACUUGCUAUGAGAACCUAAGAUGGAUCCAGAGGAGCAGGAGUUAUCUGGUGAUUACAGAUACAGAAAUUAUUCUUCGGCAAUUGAGAAAGCUUUGAGAAACUUUGAAUCAUCGAGUGAAUGGGCAGACCUUAUAUCUUCCCUUGGAAAACUCAAUAAGGCUCUUCAGAGUAACCUGAAGUAUUCAUUAUUGCCAAGACGUCUGAUCAUCAGUAAAAGAUUAUCUCAGUGUUUGCACCCAGCACUGCCUAGUGGAGUACAUUUAAAAGCACUAGAAACCUAUGAAAUAAUCUUUAAAAUUAUUGGGACAAAAUGGCUUGCCAAGGACUUAUUCUUGUACAGAACAGAUGCUUUACUUGUGAAGCUCUCCUUAUUAAUGGGCAAAGAAGUCUUCUACGGAGCCCUUUGGGGCAGUGUUCUGGUCAGCCCAUCCAUCAGGCUGCCCGCUUCGCUCUUUGUGGUCAGCCAUAUCAACAGAGAGCAGUCUGGAAAGCAGCAGAGCUACAUGCUUGGUGCUGACUACAAGCUCACAAUCAAGUCUUUGUGUGUAUCUGUAUUGGAUUCAAAUGUCCUUGUCCAAAGAAAUACUCUGGAAGUGAUUCUGUUCUUCUUCCCAUUUUAUACAGCCUUGGACUGCAAUGAAAGUGCUAUCCCAUUGCACAGGACCGAUUUAGUCUAUAUUCUCUCAUCAGCUACACAGACACUAUUGAGGAGAGACAUGUCACUCAACAGAAGAUUGUAUGCAUGGUUACUAGGUUCUGAUAUUAAAGGGGAUACAUUUGCUCCAGACUCUACAAAUUCUGAAGACCCAGCUAUUUAUUUCUUUGGAAAAUACUCCAAAGAUCUUUUAGUUGAGAGUUUGAUUGAAAUAUUACAUCAGAAAUUCUCAGAGUCUGAUGCAGAGGAACGGCAUCAAGCUUAUUUGAAACCUUUCCGCAUCUUAAUCAGCCUCCUUGACAAACCUGAAAUAGGGCCACAAGUUGUUGGAGAUUUGUUCCUUGAGGUGAUUAGAGCCUUUUAUUCCUACUGCAAAGAAGCACUUGGUUCUGAUCUCAAACUUAGCUACAAUCAAAGUGGGAACAUCCUUACAAGUGCAAUUAAAGAGAAUAAAAAUGCUUCAGAAAUUGUGAAAACAGUCAAUUUGUUGAUCACAUCCUUGAGCACGGAUUUUCUUUGGGAUUACAUGACCAGAUGCUUUGAAGAUUGUUUCAGAAGCAAAUCCACAAAGAUGAGGUAUCCUCUUGAAAACGUUAGUGCUCCCCCGACGGUUUCAGAGCUCUGCACGCUGUUGAUGUUUCUGCUUGAUGUGAUUCCUUUGGAACUCUACUCAGAAGUGCAGACUCAGUAUCUUCCACAGAUGCUUAGUUAUAUGGUGCAGUCUCUCCUGGAAAACAUGGAAAUACUAGGUUUACCAGAACUCACUCAUGCCUUAAAGACUUGCUUUAAGGUGUUGAGCAAAGUGCAAAUGCCACCUUCCUAUUUGGACGUUGAGACAGGCAGUGGAAAUGGGAGCCCAGUGAAAAAUGAAGAUGGGGACAUAACUUUGGAGACUAAAUCUGUGCUGCAGGAAGAGGAUGAGACUCCGUUUGCUCCCCUGAAGUCAGAAGACAGCGGCAUUGGUCUAAGUGCCUCCUCCCCAGAGCUCUGUCAGCACUUGGGGCUGCCAACGGUGACCCUUGAGAGAGAUGAUGUCUGGAAAAAAGGGGGGAGCAUUCAGAAGACUUUGCAUUGUGUCCAAGAGCUGGUUGCCAAGUUUUCCAGUAAAUAUAUUUUUGGAGUGCAGUUGCAAGAGGCAAAUAGUGAAAACAUCUUUGCAAUGCAUCUGGGUACMAGAGAGAAAAAGGAGAACGGCUACAGGUUGCCUGAAGGUGCUAACAAGAAAAAGAGCCCAUGGGAGGCCAGGCAAAUCACCGUGCCUCAGUUUAAACAAAUGCUUUCAGACUUGUUCUCAGUUCGAGGAUCACCAUUCAAGCACAAGAGUUCAAACCCCAUUUCUUCUGACCGCAGCCUUAGUAGUAAAAAGGAAAAGGAGGAAGAAGAGUGGGACUUGGAGCAAGUGAUGCUUGUGCUAGGGCCCCUUAGAGGAGACUGCAAGGAAGCUUUUGCUGCGGCCUGUCAUCUUUUGCUGGAUUGUACCACAUUCCCAGUGUACCUUUCAGAAGAGGAGAUGGAGCAGUUGUAUGUCUCCCUAUUUCAGAUUCCUGGUGGUGAUGCUGGCUUCCCUCUGUGGCUAAAGUCUUUAAUGAUGAUUUGCUGCUGCGUGAAUGACUGCUACGUCCAAAACGUGUCCAUCUCCACCCUGCUGGAGGUGAUCAACCAUUCCCAGUCCCUGGCACUUGUGAUAGAAGACAGGAUUAAGAGGUACAAAGUCUCUGGCCACAACCCCUUCUUUGGAAAGCUGCAGAUGGUCACCCUUCCUCCCAUCGCCCCAGGUGUUCUCAAGCUCAUCUCAGAGAAAACAGAUUUCUACCAGAGAAUAGCUUGUGUGCUCUGGAACCAGCUGAACAAAGAGACACGGGAGCAUCAUAUUGCCUGUGUGGAGCUGUUCUACAGGCUCCACUGCUUGGCACCAUCAGCAAAUAUCUGCGAGGACAUUAUCUGCCAUGCACUUCUGGAUCAUGAUAAAGGGACGAGGUUGGAAGCGCUGUUCCGAUUCUCUGUCAUGUGGCAUCUGACCAGAGAGAUCCAGGGCAGCAGAGUGACUUCUCACAGUCGAUCCUUUGAUAGGUCUCUGUUUGUGGUCCUGGACAGUCUCAAUUGUUCCGAUGCGGCAAUCGGUGCCGCAGCGCAGGGCUGGCUCAUCCGCGCGCUCUCCCUUAAUGAUGUCGCACGGAUCCUUGAACCAGUCCUGCUGCUGCUGCUCCAUCCAAAGACACAGCGCACCUCCAUCCACUGCAUCAAACAGAAAAAUUCAGCAGAAGACAUAUAUGAUUGGCUUCACAAGAGAAAGUUCUCUUUGAAAGAGUCUUUUGGUGCAUCAGAGAGCAAUUCUGAGGAAAACUUUCCACUGAGCCAGUUUACUACUGUGGACAGAGAAGCUAUUUGGGCAGAAGUGGAAAAAGAUCCAGAGAAGACCCUGCUUAAAACUGAAGAAACUGAAAGUACUGCCUCUUGUAAUCCACUGGCCUCACCUGAGGCAGAUGGUGACCAAGAUAAUAGUGAGCACACAGAAUCAGCUGACACCAGCACAGGUCACGAUAGUGAAAAUACAUCCUCUUUUUCUCCUUCUCUGGAGCUGCAAGAAGUGAGCAAUGAGGAGCAUGAUAGYGCUGCAGUGGAUUGCAAGGAUAAAACAAAACAUGCAACUUCCCUCAAUGCCUUCCUCCCCGAAAGCUCCAAAUCCAACGUAGCACUAAAUCUUGUGCGUGCUGACUCAGAGAGGACUCAGGCAUCAGAAUCUUUGUCAAGUGACGAAGAGGUGGACUUGGAGCUCCAGGAAAUUACCCAGUCGAGGUUGCUCAAGCAGCAGAAGGAAAAGCAGGAGAUGAUUGAGGCUUUGUUCAAACACAUGCUGUUGUAUUUGCAGCCUUAUGAUUCCAGGAGGGUACUGUAUGCUUUUUCUGUUCUGGAGGCAGUACUUAAAACAAACCCUAAAGAAUUCAUUGACGCUGUAGCUAGUACUAGCAUGGAUACCAGCUCCACAGCACAUUUGAAUCUUAUUUACAAUCUUUUAGCUCGCCAUCAGGAAUCCCUGGUAGGACAGAGUUUUUAUGGCAAGCUUCAGACUCAGUCCCCCUCCAUGUGUCCACAUUCUCUCCUGAUAGAACUGCUUACUUACCUCUGUUUGAGUUUUCUACGCUCAUAUUAUCCAUGCUACUUGAAGGUCACCCACAAAGAUGUGCUUGGCAACAGAGAGGUUCAGGUUAAAAGUGUGGAAGUCUUGAUUCGAAUGAUGACUCAGCUGAGUACCGUAGCAAAGUCAGCGGAGAAUAGGAGUCUCGAGUUCAUACACAAUUUGCUGGGAAGAUGCAAAAUUCAAGAGUUUGUUCUUCUUUCUUUAUCUGCAUCUAUGUACACAAGCCAAAAACGAUAUGAACUUCUUAUGGCAGAGGCAGGUAAUAAUCUUCCUGAAGAAGAUGUCUUUGAAGAGAGUCUAGUCAACUUUGGGCAUGAUCAAAUAUGGAGYGAGCACCCACUCCAGAUUGAGUUGCUGAAGCUCUUGCAGGUUUUGAUUGUUUUGGAGCACCAUCUUGGACAGGCUCAYGAGGAGCAGGAGAACCAGCCAGAUCUCUUUAAAGAAUGGCAGCAGGCUCUUAAUUUCCAGCAGGCCAUCGGCGCGAUGCAGUACGUCUAUCCACACCCAAUAACUUCACAGGGAUUAUUUGUCUCUGCUGUUGUUAGAGGCCUCCAACCAGAGUAUGGCUACGGGAUGCAUCCCACUUGGGUAGGCUUAGUCACGUGUUCCUUGCCCUAUUUUGGGAAAUCCUUAGGCUGGACCGUGGCACCAUUUGUUGUACAGAUCUGUAAAAACCUGGAUGAGCUUGUCAAACAGUAUGAAAAUGAAACUGCAAAGGCAUCUGUGAAACCAUCAGCAAGCUUAACGUCUAAAAGAGAAAAUGUUACACCUGAUUACCCAUUAACCCUUUUGGAAGGUCUGACAACCAUUGGUCACUUCUGCCUUCUGGAUCACCCUAAUCAAACUAAAAAGUCAUGUGUAGGUGAACCCACAAAUCUGAGAAAUGCAAGGAAUGCCAUUUUAGAAGAAUUGCCUCGUAUCAUUAACACCAUGUCUCUUCUUUGGAGCAUUAUAAAGCGGGAAGAGGCUCAAAAAAGGCCAACUGACUUCUUUGGGACAACGAAGGGCUCCUCUUCAGUCUACUUUAAAGCAACCAAAACGUUAAAAGCUAAAAUAUUGGACUUCCUGAACCCACUGACAGCACAACUAGGAAUCCAGUUGAUGGCAGCAAUUGCAGCAGUAUGGAACAGCAAGAAACCUCAUAGGACUCAAAGUAAAAUGAAGAUUCUUCCAGUGCCUAGUGCAUCUCAGCUUAUUCUUGUGGACUUGAUGUGUGCACUUAACACAUUGAAAAUAGACACUAUAUUACAACUGGUCAAAGAAGUAGUCAAGAAACCAUCACAAAUCAAAGGCGAAGAGAAAUCUUCUCUUGUAGAUAUUCCCAUGCUGCARUUCAGUUAUGCUUUCAUUCAAAGACUGCCUGUCUCAGCCUUACAGGAGAACUUCCAGCCUUUAUUAGGACUUCUGAAGGAGUCUGCACAGUUGAAUUUGGCUCCUCCUGGACACUUCCUACUUCUCAGUAUUCUGAAUGACUUUGUGACUAGAACACCUACUCUAGAGAACAAAAAAGACCAAAAAGACUUACAGGAUGUGACCCAAAAAAUAUUGGAGGCUGUAGGGACCAUCGCCGGUUCUUCUCUGGAACAGACUAGCUGGCUGAGUCGGAAUUUAGAAGUGAAAGCUCAACCUCAGAUUUUACCAGAUGAGUUCARCAUUGAAGAUGUGAAUGAUACAUCYGUGACACCAUCUUCAAUGGUUUCUGCCUCUGCUCCCUCAAUAUACAGUGUCCAAGCUCUUUCACUCCUUGCAGAAGUUCUUGCUUCUCUCUUGGACAUGGUUUACCGGAGUGAUGAGAAGGAGAAAGCUGUGCCAUUGAUCUCACGUUUGCUUUAUUAUGUAUUUCCCUAUCUACGCAACCACAGUGCCUACAACGUUCCAAGCUUUCGUGCUGGUGCUCAGUUGCUCAGCUCAUUGAGUGGAUAUGCCUAUACCAAGCGAGCCUGGAAAAAAGAAGUUCUUGAGCUGUAUAUGGAUCCAGCUUUUUUCCAAAUGGACACUUCAUGCACUCAUUGGAGAUCCAUUGUUGAUCAUCUUCUAACACAUGAGAAAACAAUGUUCAAAGAUUUGAUGAAUAUGCAGAGCAGCGCCUUAAAACUCUACCCAAGUUUUGAGCAGAAAGCAAUGUUGCUGAAGCGACAAGCUUUUGCUGUUUUUAGUGGAGAGGUGGAUCAAUAUCAUCUCUACCUUCCAUUAAUACAAGAACGACUGACCGAGAACCUUCGUGUUGGGCAAACUUCCAUAGUUGCAGCACAGAUGUUUCUCUUCUUCAGAGUUCUUUUGCUAAGAAUUUCUCCUCAGCAUCUAACCUCGCUGUGGCCAAUUAUGGUAACUGAAUUGAUUCAGACAUUUCUACAGCUGGAAGAAGAUUUAACCGAGGAAGAUGAACCACCAAAGAGCAACAGCAAAAUAAGCAGACAGAAAGUAUCAGCUGAUGGCAGUGGGUCCUUACUUCCUGACAUACAGCAGAAUGAGCUGUCCUUGUAUUUAUCAGCUUGUAAAUUUUUGGAUACAGCACUUUCAUUUCCUCCCGACAAGAUGCAAUUAUUUCAGAUGUACAAGUGGGCAUUUGUUCCAGAGAUUGACACAGAAGCGUGUACUGUGAAUUCUCAUCUGAUAGAAAAUCAUCAAGAAUGCAGACCGCACAUUUUAAGAAUCAUGGAUCUGCUAAAGAAGAAAUACGGGGAAACAAACAAUACUAAYGAGAGAACUUCCAAAAGGCACAAAUUUCCCCUUUUGGACUUCCGCUCUAUAUCUAGCAUCACGCAGCUUGCACCCUUCUUCAAGACUCUGUGCUGUGCGUUUAUAGCCAAGGGGAGCGAGCCCCAGAAUUGCCAGGCUGCUGCCUCUCUCCCUGUGGACUACGUUGGCGGGAAUGGCAUAAAGAUCUUGCAACAGCUCGAAGACAGUGUGGAAUGUGACUUUCUUGAAAACAUGGAAAGUUAAGCAUCAUGGCAAAUGCUUUAUUUGUGUUGAAUAAGCUGUGAAACAAAGGUGAAAUGUUACUCAAGGAGUUGAAACCCCUGCAGUUCUUCACUUUUUUUUCCUCAGUUUUGAAACUGCAUUUGUGGAGUGCACUUCAGUAAUCCAGGCUUCCCAGUGGUUUUAAAAGGCAAAGAUUCUUCUCUUCAGCUCCUGUGGGAAGAAAAAAGAAUACAGUUUAGAGAAAAUUUAUCAUGGUUACUGUAUUCUUGUACUUGAUUUCAAUGUGUGUGCGAUUAAAGAGUUUUUGUUGUAAAUAAAGGAAGAAUAUUUUUGACUUGGUGAAAGCAGAACCUGUACUGUUUAUCUAGUAGCUUCUCAUGUGAGUAUUUUAAACUGCUUUUGCAACUCUUUUGAAAGUAAAAUUAAGAUAAAGUGAAUUUGCAUGACAGUGUACAAUCAGUUUGCAGAAAAGCCAUUUCCUGACAUUAAAGCCCAUUCCUACUGCACCUUCUUUAUUUUUUCUUACUCCUUUUUAUUCCAGAACUUCUGUUCUUAACUUCUAAAUAAAUCAUUUAAAUUUCAAUUAGAUGUUUUAUAAGUUUGAGCRUUGUGCAAAUAACUGCUACUUACUGUGUUUGUAAUCUGAAAUUCUGUAUUAUAGGAGUGUCUUUCAAGAUUAGCGAUUCCUGCAUAGGAGACAAACCUAUGCAGGUUUGCAACCUGCACAAUUUAGGUUUUUAUGUUAAUAAUUGACUAAAAAUAUUCUAAAUCGAUUUUUAAAUGAAAGAACUAUGUUCUUUCAGUAAUUAGGUUCACUUUGCGCUUCAGAAAUGCAAGCUAAACUAAGCUAAUCCUAUAAAAAUAAAAUUCUCUGUAUACAAAGAGCCCAAUUCAAACUAAAAGAAAACUGCAUUUUUAAAGCAUUUUAUUUUUAAAUAUAAAAAAUUAGGUUUGGCUGCUUCUAGGUUUCACAAGGCUUAAGUCAUUCCCAGUCCCAAGACUAYUAAAGUUCAAGGUGCAGCUUUUUUGGAACCACACUGCUACUACUACCCAGGAUGUAGAAAGCAGGUUAGUUCUUUUAGUAAACUGCAUAGUUUCAUGUUGGGAACGGUAGUAAGGGAAAAGUUUAGGAUAGUGUUUGGGUUUUUUUUAAUGUGUAGGAGUGAACUCUCUUGAAUUUUCAUACUUGGUGGAUUUUCUGAUWGAAUUGGCAAUGCUGAUUUGUCUCAGGGGAUGCUUAACGUAUUUUUAAUGGUGAAGAGCUUUGCUCUUGUGUUAACCACCUGUCUGCUUAUUUACUUCAACACCUUUGCGCCUAGAGACACAGGUUUUGUGAGAAAAAACCUGCAGACUGGUGACUGCCACYUGCGUUGCUUGAAACAUUGGAACUUACGUGCUGAGUACUGGAUUUCAUCCCUCUUGUAUUUCUCAAGCUUAAAGGGACACAYAAAAUGAAUGUCAUUGACAAUGAAUUCAUUUGUUGUCACUCCGCAGUGAAGUCGGGGGACCUUUUUCAGAAGUCGCGCAGAAACGCGGAAGGCUGCUGUGCUCUGCAGUGUUUCAACCCACAGAUAYGUGGAUUGUAAACUAAAAUAACGAAACAUUGAACAAGAUGUUUCGCUGUGGUAAUACUGUAAUGCUGACUAGUGCAUUGACACUUAGAGAUUUAUGCUAAAGUUAAACAGUGUGCAUUUAUACAAUUAAGGCAAGUGAUAGACUGAGUUGUAAUAUUGCUUAGUCAUUAGGAAUGUGUAUUGUUUGCAUUUCUUAACRUAAUUUAGUAACAGUCUUCAAUGCUGUUGCAAUGAGCACAAGUGCAAAAUUAUCCUUUUUAAGCAUUAUUUUAAAAUUGGACUGAGAUACUAUUAAUUUUUUUUUAAACUUCUGUAAAAUCAACUUUUAAAAGGAAUACUCAGGAUAACUUGGCAGUUCUACUUUCAACUUGCCAGUAUUUGCAUCCCAUAACUGGGAACUUCUCAAAAAUAAGAUGCUGUCAAAUGGGUUGCUAAAAGCUAAGACAAKUUUUUGCCACCAAGCAUUUUAUUUAGCCUUGUUCUAUAAGGUUCCAUAAACUUGUGUUCUCYUUUAACUUCCUCACUAACAAAAGCUGGUACAUGAGUACCCUUUAUUGAAGGCUUUGUCCCCUUUCCACUUGAAGGGGAACAUGCUGCUAAGACUGCCCAUGCUCCAGUGUGAGCAUCAGCAUCGGUCACCGUCACCUGCUCUUUACUUUAUCUUCUUAGCCCCAGUGAUGAACUUUAUAAGCAGAACCUGUGAUCUACACUUUAGAGCUCUACAGGCACAAGAGUGUCUUACCUUCUACAGAAAUACCACGCACUUUUAAAUCUUUUACCUUCCGUAGAUACUUCUGCCUUUGUUCUGUGGUUCUGCAGAUCAUUGCUGUUCAAGGCGGCAGCAGCAGGUGUGUGUGACCUGUAGAAUUCUUUCACUGAAGCAGUGAGUGUUAAGCUCUUUAAAAGAUAGUGUAUAAGCAGAUCUUUCAUCAUUAUAUAAAGACGGAGGGAACAAGAAGGAAGGGGCUCUAGCUAAAAUAUUCCUGACUUUGGAGGAAGGAUAUAGAGAGGGUGCAGUUACCUAGGCCUAAAGCUAUCAUUACCAGUAUAUCUUUAUUCUUUAUCUAAGACUAACUAUGACCAUUCUAAAUUUUACUCUGCUGCUGUUAAAUUCACACGAAGGAGGCAGGCUGUACUGCUCUAACACUGGUACUACUCAAGCA